AUGAUGUUUGUUACUGGCAUUCCCGAGACACUAGAUGAUGAGCUGCUUAAGGAGAUGCUAUCUGUGUUUGGUGAAGUAAAGACAUUGGACAGAGGAUGCGAUCUGAAUGGCAAUGCAUCUACGUGGGCAUUUGUGGGCUACUAUGAGAGCACAUCGGCCGAAUGCAUGCAUACAGUUCUAUCAGGCGUUUGCAUUGGACAAGACAAGAUAUCUGUGUAUCCAGAAUUGAACGAGUGCAUGCUGAAUGCACAGGAAUACAUGGCAAAUGCAAAUGAAAGCGUAAUACGCAAGCUCAAUGCAGUAAUUGCAAAGUAUAAGGAUGAUGUUGAAAGCAAAGACAUUCUAAACAAGUUUUUGUCAAGCUACAGACUGAUUUACGGACAGGCGAACAACUCAAAUGGAUUUGAUGAGGCACUACAGAAAUGGCUCCAUGAAGAGUCAGAAAUACGCAAGAUGUGUAUGAACGCAGAGAAGGCUCUUGAUGACAGAAAGAAUGUGCAGUAUAAGUAUCUAUCGAUGUACGAUGACGAUAAUGCCAAAGAACAACGAGCCACCUGA